AUGCUUUUAAAGCUAUGUCUCAUUCAUAUAAUACCCUUUGCUUUCUUGCUGGCCGGCAGCUGCUCUGGUGAGAGUAUUCUCGAGCAGACUGUGUUGCAAAGCGAUAGCCGACGACCGAUAUAUCUCAUUGCCCACCGCGUUUUGCAUGCCAGUGCGGUCCCACAAGCUCUCAGUGACGGUGCCAAUGCACUUGAGGUGGAUGUGGCACCCUAUAAUGGGGUCUGGUAUGCGUGGCAUGCUGACAAGAAUACACCUUGGGAUAGGCCACAGGAUACCGUGGAAAAUUGUUUAGCGCUGUUGCCGCGCGCAGCAUAA